UGCAGUGUUACCCGAUACGAAGAGCUGAGAUGCUUUUUCACCAAGGGAGACGCCAACCAAACCGUGGAUGAUCUCGCGAAGAGUAAGGAGGGAUUACCGUCGCCGAAUCACCCUCCAAAUCUGGAAAAUGGGACGCUUUGGACAGAUUAGUCGGUCACAGGCGGGAUUGGCGCCAGUGCUUGCGGCGAUCAUUCUGAUAGCGACCUGGUUAAUACUGACUCGUAUCGCCUGGAUACACUUUGGAGAUUCAGAAGAUGACUUGGAGGGAAAACAAAGAGAGAGUGAGGAUAAAAGACAGGAUUCGAUAUCAGAUUGGAAGAGGAAACAGAAGGGUACUAUUACACAGUCUGAAGCGUGGGAUAUGUACAAAGUAGGAUGUUAUACAUACAUGGCGAGCGGUGAGAUUGACCUGCUAACGAAUCAUAAAGCAUUGCGUGCUUUGGAAUGCAAACAAAGGUUACCCCAGGCACUAGUCAUUGGGGUCAGAGGUUGUGAUUCGUUUAUUCUUACUAAAAUACUGGGACUUCAUCCAUCCGUAAUUUCGCAUUCGGAGUCACACCUCGAGCCGAGCAUCGACUUGGAUAGUCAGAUUUCUAAGUGGAGGCGUAAGCAGCCAUUCUCAUCACGAUUUCAAAUGACAGUCGAGCAUUCUCCCGCGUACGCCGAUGAUCACGAUCUAUUAGAGGGCGCAAUUCAACAAGCAGCUUCUGGGAUCAAGGUGGUGAUCGUGAUUCGAGACCCAGUCGCUAGAAUAAUAUCAGAAAUUGCUAGUACACAUAGAGGUGUUUUAAACCUCACUCUGCAUUCCAUGCAGCCCACUGUCUUCCAGAAUAAAAAUGAAACAGUAUCCAAUGAAGAAAUGAUUCCCUAUAAUCACCAGGACAAUUCAGUGACUGUUGAAAACACCUUGAUAGAUCGCUAUAACCGAGUAAAUGCUGACUCCUCGUUAAUCCAAGCAGGAGUCUACUAUCAUACCAUCAAGAAACUGCAAACACUUUUUGAUGGUAACGGAAGUUAUCUAGUCAUUGAUAGAGACGACUUCGUACAUCAACCUCUUCAGACUUUAGCAAGGUUAGAAACGUUUCUCGGCAUUAAACAAUUCUUCCGCAAUGAACAUUUUGAAUUCCAUGACCAAGAUGGGCGUUAUUGUGUGAACGUUGAGAGGAGACCCGAUACACACUGUGUUUACGAAAUGUCACAGCGCCAUCUCCCGAUUGUAGAUGAAAAUAUAAUUGAAAAACUGAAGCAGUAUUAUGACGAGUAUGACCUGAAACUGGCAGGUCUGCUCCAACGUAAUUUUUCUUGGAUGCAAUAAAUUACGACUCGUAACAAAAUACAUCAAACAUUGACAACAAUCAUCGUUGAUCUGCAUGUGUCUCGGAAUACCGAUGUGAGGAGAUCUGAGUAUAAGUAACCAAAGAUGAUAGCAAGAAUUGCAAAAUGAAAUGAAGAAAAGAUAUCGGACAUGUUGGAUUCAUAUAUUUUGUUAUAUAGGCAGUAAUAUAUCUGUAUUUGAAAACAUUGUGUUUGACUUGACUUGAUUAAUUGUAUUAAUUAUCCUCUCCUAUGGUGUUAAAGAUCAGGUUAAGGUUCAGUGUGCAAUAGUUCUUUAUCUUUCUUUCAUUUAAAAUUGAGUAUUAAACAUUCCAUUCCAAAGGUGAGUAAAAGAUGUUCUUUCUUCUUAUUUUCUUUCGGUCUUUGGACGACAGGGUAGAGGA